AUGGACAGGAUAAAGGUUAGUCAGUACGUGGACAUUCGGAGAUCCGAUGGACGAAUUCACGGAGCACGCAUCCAUGUAGUCAAACCCGAGCAGCGUUCGGUGACCGUCGAGUGGACGGAGAACGGCGUCAGCCACGGUAAGGAUAUCUCCUUCGACGAGUUGCUACGCGUCAAUCCUCAGCUGGGCUUCGCGGCAAGCGACGAGACCGGGGAACAGACGGCGGAUCAUCCGAUGCCGGUAAGAAAUCACGAUGAAGACAUCGCGGGAUGUUGGAAAUGGCCGAAGAAGUUUGGUUCCUCUACGAUACCUAAAUCGCUUACGAUCUCAGCCUCGCCACUCGGUCAUCGCCGAGCUAUGCUGCCACGACCGAAACACGUCAGUGUGGAAUGUGUUGGUGACAUUCGAUAUUUUAGAGAAUAUCGUAGCCAAAUCGACUUCCAUCCAAUCCAAAAAAGCGACCUGAGCGAAGAGCACCAAAUUUGCGUUUGCGUCAGGAAGCGGCCGUUGAACGCGGAAGAGCAGCUGAAAGACAUCGACGUCGUUACGGUACUGAAUCACAAACAAGUAGUCGUUCACCAGCCACAGACCAAAGUCGAUCUGACCAAGCAUCUGGUGAACUCAGAGUUCGUCUUCGACUACGCGUUUGACGAAGCUGCAUCCAACGAACUCGUCUAUCGUUUCACGGCACAGCCUUUGGUAAAAACCAUAUUCGAAAAGGGCAUAGCAACGUGUUUCGCGUAUGGCCAAACGGGUUCUGGUAAAACACAUACGAUGGGAGGAAAUUUCACCGGCCGGUCGCAAAACGUCGCUGAUGGCAUUUACGCUAUGACCGCUAAGGACGUGUUCCAAACGCUCCAUGAGCGGAGGGGCACGACCGCCGUUGACCUCACCGUAUCGUGCAGCUAUUUCGAAAUAUACGGUUCUAAGCUGUUCGAUUUGUUGAACAAAAAAGUUCAACUAAAAAUAAUGGAGGACGGCAGGAACCACUUGCAAAUCAUCGGUCUUACCGAAGUACCGGUCAGCAACGAACAAGAGGUCAUAAAACUGCUGCAACGAGGCAAUCGCAUCAGAGCUGCUGGUCAAACGUCGACCAACGUCCAGAGUAGUCGGUCCCACGCUAUUUUUCAAUUCAUCUUGCGCACAAAGUACCUGCAUGGUAAAUUUUCUCUAAUCGACUUGGCCGGCAACGAAAAGGGUGCCGACACAUUAUCGAUGAACAAACAGAUGCACAUGGAAAGUGCAGAGAUCAACCGGAGCUUGCUGGUCUUAAAAGAAUGCAUUCGAAACUUUGGUACCGAAAACUAUUUGCCGUUUCGAGCCAGCAAGCUGACACUUGCCCUGCGGGAUUCAUUUAUCGGUAACAACGCCAAGACCUGUAUGAUUGCGAUGAUAUCUCCGGGAAUGAGUUGCUGCGAACAAACGUUGAACACUCUCCGUUACGCUGAGAGGUAUCAAGUUCGAGAAUUAGUUGUUCCGUCGCUAAACGAACAUUGUUUGACAUGUUUUGAUCCGCCAUAG